AUGGUGGGCACUGAGCCAAGCUGGACGACCAUCCCCGGGAAGGCUGGCGCAAUCCACAACCACGUGUGCCGGAAGACCUAUGAAAAACAUAUCUUAGAGUCCAACAUCCCCUGGCACAGUGGUUACCCCAUCGAGAGGUCCGUUUCCCCUCGGCCACGGAGCCCGAUGCCUGGAAAUGACCAGCUGGCCAAGCGAAGUGGGACCUCCAGGUCCCUUUGCAGCUGCAGCACAAGUAGUACCUUGGGCCGUCAGGACACCCACAGAGCCAUGCGGCAAUCACGAGGCUUGUGGAGGGAGUUGCCCGGAUAUGGAAAGAAUGGCGCUUUGCAAAUCACAGGACCCAGAAGUCAGCACCCCUUCACAGCCGAGACCCUGGAGUUUGCCGGUCGACGGGUGCCUGGGAAGGAGAUGGUGUGCAGCGAUGAUCCUGGAGCCAGGCGGAGCUUAAGUCCUGCGCGGGAACGUUACCUGAUGGAGAUGUCCGCCAGCGCGCCCAGCCGUGAUCUCGCGCCCGCGCGGCUGCGACGCACGGCGCGGAAGGCUCGUCCGGCCUCGCCGUCGCGGUCGCCCUCCCCACCGGUGGCUGGCGGAAAGGAGGAGGCAAGGCACUUCUCUCCUGCACCCCAGCCGCCCAGCCGUUGUGAGCGCGAGCGCUCGCCUCCACGCAGCGGUUCGCCUGGAGGGGAGGACCAGGCUCUACUCGCCUCACAGUCUCAGUUGGGCUCGUGGAUGUCUUUAGGAGAUGAGCCUGCUGCGGAGGGCCUGGCUAAGGCGCUUUCAAGGCCAGCUGUGGAGCCGCCGGCACUGCCGGCACCGCCUGUGGAAUGGGUGGCUGGCCGUUCUGGCGUCAACGCCCAGGUACCUCAUGUGCCGCCAUAUGCAGUACCCCUCUCUGCUGCCGUGGCACACGCAGCGAGCGCAGCAAAUGCAGCAAGCACAGCAAACGCAGCGAGCGCGGCAAACGCAGCGAGCGCCGCUAACGCUAACGCAGUGAACGCGGAGCCACAGCCUUUGCAACUGCCCUUGGUGCCGCGUGUGGUCUGUGCCACAGGUGGUGUUGCAUCAGGUGCAGAGGUUGGAGAUUCCUUGCGCCAUGUCAUCCAAGAGAGCAGCCACAGGAACUGGUUCGGGCCCGAGAACAGAGACCCAGCAGUAAAAGUGCAGGGAUUUCAGCAAGAAAGGUUCCGCCAUGCGUGGACGCUGUGGACGCUGCAGUGCCAACCAGACGUCCAGAGCGGGGCACUCUCAGCUCUACAUGGUCUGCGGAUCAAGAAACCACCGCCGCUUAUCACCAUCAAAGGACCCAUGAUGAACCAACCAGAAAACCACAGCCUCUCAGUCUCAGCCCAGCUGGCCGGGUCGGGCCGUUCCGAUCUGAUUCAUCAGGGCCGUGGCACAAGCUGCUCGAGCACGUUCGGCGAGCAGGGGAGCCCGAUCAGGGCGGAUUUGGGCGGCAGAUUGGACAAGAGUGCCGACGGCAUGGGUCAUCGUUUAUGGCAGUUGCUUGGUCCAGCUCCAGCACAGGAGCGACUGGCAGUAUCCGGUGACCGGUUGAAGGCCGAGCCUGAGUCUGCCGAGCCUGAGCCCGAGCCACACGAUGCGAAGCUCCACGACCUGCAGACAGUGAAGGAGACUGAAGAGUCCACCGAGGGAGCCUUGGGCACCCGGUCACAGGACGGUACUGGCCCGGUGCGGACAAUGGUGACAACGGUGCGGGACUUGGUCUGGGUGCCAGAGGUGUCGGAUGAAGUCAAUGAAGUCGCGCGUGCGGUGAGUGCCAGCCCCACCGUGGGGCCGAGCCUGACCUGGUCCGGCCUCCGCCCGGGCUCCAUGUUCCCCGCUGGGCCGGGCGGCCCAGCUGGAGCGGCCUUGGGCUGGCGCACCUUCCGGCUGCUGGGGGCCUUCCAUCGCUACGUUGGUGACCAGACUCUCAGGCUCCUGCAGCUUAGCCUGGCAGAGCGACUUAAGGUGCGACUCUUUUCGGGAACACCCAGUCCCGAGGGAGGGCAUCAUGGGAUGGGAAGGUCCCCGCCUUUAGCUCGCUUGGCGACUCCGCGACAAAGGGCGCCCUACGCGGUGACCGGCCCGGAGCUCUUUGUUUGUGCGAAGGGAGCCAAGGCUCCGGAGUUCGUGCCCUCCGCGGUCAAAGAAGAAGGCGUGGUGAUGAGAGACGAUAUGAUAUGCCGCGAUGAAUUGAAUUUGGGCAGUUAUAGCAGGCUUCGCGAGAUGCAGCAGGGUCUGGUGGCCACUGUUGAGCUGGCAUGCAAGCGUGCCUUGAAGGGCCACUUCUCCAGGCUGAUUUUGGUGGGCAGUGCGGCGCUGAGGGUGGAGACCCCGGGCAGCGACGUGGACGUCGUUUGCUUCACCCGGCGGGAUGGCAGUCAGGCCGGGCUACCGGUGACGGUGCUGCGGAAGGUGCACUGGUCCUUGAAGGAACUGGUGAGCCAGUUCCACGACUACAUGUACUUCUCAAUGGAGAGUCGGCCAGCCUUGGCCGUGAAGAACAACGUGGCCUUGGAUCCUGUGAGCGGUGGUGGCUGGCUGCCCUCCAAGCGGAAGAAGCUCCGCCCGGACCCCGUGCCGCCCGAGCAGCCCGCGCCGCCCGCGGCUCAUGGGCCGAAGCCACCCGAGCCGGCGAGUGGGCUGAAGCCACCCGAGGCCUUGCUGACCAAAGCGCAGCAAACAGUGGUGGACUUGGUGCUGCGUGGUCACAAUGUCUUCUUGACAGGUGCUGCGGGCUCCGGGAAGUCGGUCGUCCUGGAAGCAGUGAACCACCAAGCCAAGCGUCAAGUGGCACUGACCGCGGCAACUGGUGGGGCGGCAUUGCUGAUUGGUGGAGAGACCACGCAUGCGUGGGCAGGAUUGGGGCAGGCCACAGGCUCUGCGGAGGAGCUGGUGCAGCGAGUGCGCUCGGAUGCUGCUGCCUGCCAUCGCUGGACUGGGACCACGUUACUGGUCAUCGAUGAGGUCUCGAUGAUCUCAGCGCGCUUGUUGGAUAUUCUGGACCUUUGUGGUCGCGCUGCACGGGGAACGGUUCAGCGUCCUUUCGGAGGCUUGCAAGUGCUUCUUUGCGGAGACUUCCAUCAGCUGCCGCCGGUGAGUCGGAAAGAGGGCUGGGCGUUCCAGGCCAAGGUGUGGGCGGAGGCCAUCAGCAUCUCCUUGGAGCUCACGGAGGUGCUUCGAACCGAUCCUGAGGAGCAGCAGCUCGCGCUGGCCUUGGAGGAGGUGAGGAAGGGCCAAGUUGGGCAAAGCUCCUGGCAGUUCUUGGAGUCUUUGGCAUCCAAACCCAGGCCGCGAGACCGUUGCCCUGUGGUGGUGGUGCCCACCAAUCGCCAGGCAGAUCAGAUCAACGAGGCAGCCUUGAAAGCCUUGAGCGCUCAGGCGGAGGUCCACUGCUACUCAGCGGUGUGCAUGGGCCAGCGGACGAGGAUGGAGGUGCCUCAAGAACUUUGCCUUUGCCAGGGCGCUGUAGUGGUGCUCACCGCAAGCAUCAGGGUGGGUCCUCAAGGUGACGUGAAGUGGGCCAACGGGCUUCGUUGCUGUGUCACAGGCUUCGUGGAACUGCCACGGCGGGUCUUCGACCACCGGCAUCCUGACUUCGAUCCGGUCAGCCGCAGCCUGCGUCAGUUCCUGCUGCGACACGAGGGAAAGUUGCCAAAGCUUCAGGCUUUGCAAGACACUGAUGUUGGAGAGCAGGUCCUCUAUCCUGUGCACUUCGGAGAGGACACGGGCACUGAGGACGGAGGUCUAGUGCAGUUGCCUCUCCGUUUGGGUUGGGCCUUGACCGCUCAUCGCGCGCAGGGCGCCUCGCUGGAGACCGGUGCUGUGGCCAUGCUGCGGGGGCUCUUCUCGCCCGGGCAGGCCUACGUCACCCUGUCACGGUGCCGGCGUGCGAAAGACCUGUGGAUCGAAGGCCUACCUGCCCGCAGCUCCGAUGGGCAUGUGGCGGCCUUUGCUCCAGAGCCUGAGGUACAGUCCUUUUAUGCGGCCAUGCGGGAGCUCAUCGACGACGCCCGCGUGCCCAUCCUAAGCCCGACGCCCAGCAUUGAGCGGAGGAGAGGAAGAUGCGCUUCGCCUGCCGUCCGAGCCGAUCCGAAACCGCCCAGGGGUGACCUGUGGCCCACGAGGUUCCAGCGCGUGGGGGCGGCUCCACGGCCCACCGAGCCGCCACCGCCGGUGGCGCCGCUGGUGACGUUGACCUUGCGCUGUGUGAAGUGGUGGCUUACCCACGCUGGCCCGGCCGCCGAGGAGUAUCGGAGCUGGGCGAUGGGAAAACCGUGUGGUCCAACGACGGUCAUGUUUUUGGCCGUGACUGCCUGGCUGUUGAUGGCAGUCCACGUGUGCUCCUUGAAGGAGAACCAACACGAGGCCUCAGUGCCGCGCCCCAGUCAGUGCCACGCCUCAGUGCCGCGCAAGGUCUCUUCGACCCAGCGCCCCAUGGCGCCACGCCCAGACGACGAGGCUCAGAGCACAAACCACAUCAGUUCCAUGUUCCAGAGCUCGGUGGAUGUUCGCACCCCGGGCGCCGAGCUUGGCACCCCCGACAGAGCGAAGACGCACGUUCUUGACGCUUCAAGCUUUACACGCCACUUUACGGCGCGGACCGGACGGAGACCGCCAGUGCGGCGGCACGUGGGGCACGUGGAGACUGCCAACAACGGCGUGGCGCCAGGCCUUGGAGACAGGCCCUGCAAGCGAAAGAGCGCACGUCGAAGCCCUACGUACAUGUCGCAGUGCUUGGCGUGCGACCUUCUAUCUGCUGCCGAACGAUGCACCCCCAGUGGCCUUCCACACGGGCAUUGCAGCACUCGGUCGGGCCGAGCGAUGGCUGGCUGCCCUGGCGUUGGUCGAGCAUUUGCCGACCCGGCGUCCUUCUCCCAGUUUCAGCGCCACCACUGCACUUCCCUGGCACCAUGCCUUGCAGCUCCUCCACCACUUGCGCCACCGUCGCCUGCGUGCCACCUGCAAAGCCUUCUCCGCCUGCCUCGCCUCGCGCGCCGCAGCGCGCGGCCGACCGACGCCCUGGCGCUGGGCGCUGUCGGUGUCGACGGAGCUGCCACGGCUACGGGUCCUGCUGGACCCGGCGGCCUUGGGCACCGUGGUCCAGAGCCUUGCGACCUUCUCCCAGUGGCGCAAAGCCCAGAUGCUGCUGAACUGCUGCUGGAGGUUGGUCAACGUGGCCACCCUGAACGCGGCGGUCAGUGCCUGCGAGAGGGUCGCUGCCUGGCCGCAGGCCCUGUGCUACGCCGACCCAUCCGGCCUUGUGUGGCCUGGAGCAAGUCGACCGAGGUGGUGCUCCCUGACAUCAUCACCUACAAUACUGCACUCAGCGCUUGUGGGAAUGGCGGCAAGCUUCAGCAGGUGGUGAAUCUGAUGGCGAAGAUGCGUCGCGUGGUCCGCUUGGAUGCGAUCACCUACACGGCUGCGAUCAGCACGUGUGAGAAGCGGCUUCAUUGGCAAGGGUCGGUGGGCUUCUUGGAUGAGAUGCGAGAUGCUCAUCUUCGAGCAAAUGUGAUCACGUACAACGCGGUGAUGGCCACCUGUGGACCGGCUUGGGAGGCUUCCUUGGUCGUGUUGAGGCAGUCUCCAAGCAAAGAUCUCGUGUCCUACAACACGGCUUUGAGCUCUUGUGAAAAGGGUGAGCAAUGGCUGCGGGCCUUCAGUCUCUUCAGCACUGUGGCGCCCAGCGUCAUCACCUACAAUGGUUGCUUGAGUGCCACAGCCAAAGUGCAGUUGUGGCGCGCUGCUCUCGACCUGCUCCAGCUCAAUCCUCGGCCCAGCCUCAUCAGCUUUAACACUGUGAUGAGUGCCACCGAGAGAGGACGGCAGUGGCACAUGGUCGCUGACCUGUACAUGCAGCUUUCGCAGCAGCAGCUCCAGCCCGAUGCCUUCGCUCACGCAGCCUUUGCAGCGCACACGCCCUGGCGCCGGGCGCUGGCGGCGCUGGCGCGGGCAGCGCUGGGACAGCACCGACAACAGUCUUUAGUCGCCUUCCUGGAGCUCGUUCAGAGCUGUGAGCAAUCCACCUCAUCUUCGUACAUCUUCCCAGCGCUCAUGGCAGAGCUAAGCCGGUUGGCCCUGCGGCACAGCCGGAGGCGAAUCCUCUUGGGCGGAGCUCUCCGUUUGGGCGUGGGCACACGGAUUGUAUGCGAGACUUUGAACCUGGUGCCGCGCUUAUCCCCGGCCACACAGUGCGCCUGCCGGUCGACCUUGCCGCUUUUGGGGCUGCUCCUGGGCCACGAGCUGCAGCGUGCCCAUCGACGCAUCUCCGAGGAAGGGAUGGGAAAGAUGGGGCCCAGCUUGGGCCUGGGAUGGGAGUUGCGCAGGAUUUCUGGCCUAGGUCGGAUGUGUCCAUCCGGAAUCCAACUUCCUGAACACGGCUGUCAGGGCGAUUCUCGUGAGACGCUGGAAGAUGCCUUAAGCCCUUUGCCUGAGGAGCCUUUGUACGCCCUGGUGGCUUAUGGCGAAGUGUUUCCAGGCACUGGAAUUCAGCAAGUGGAGUUGGCCAUGAUCGACAGUGUGACGCCGGAGAUCAGGCCGUUCUUGCUGCGCAGCGACGAGCGCAGUGAGGAGCGCAGUGGCCGCUGUGCCUUCCGCCGCGGUGUGGGGCCGGUGUCGCUGUGCAGGGAGGCACAGACGGUCGAGGCUGGUUGGCACGGAAGGAUCGAUGCGGAGGGCUUAGUGCGCUUCCAAUCCAUGCGGCGGCGUGGAACCUCAGUCGACUUGGACCUCGGGAUCAUCGUGGAGCUCUUGGAGCGUCGCCAACGACUGGGUCAGGCGCGUCGCCGGCGUUUGAGUCGCUCGCGCUCGGACCCGUCGCGAAACCCGCGGAGGUCGGUGGACCGGGAACGCGAGGUCACGAACUUGCCAGUGAGGCCGAAACUGCAACGUCCGUUGUUGCGGGACCUGGAGAUCGAGGAGUCACAGGGCGUUGUUUGGUGGAUUGGCUUGGUCGAUAGGUGCGAACGGACACCGCCGGGGUGCUGCGGUUGGUCCGCAGGCUUGAAGAUCCAGACGGCCCUUGCAGGCUUGCCGUUCGGCUUGCAUUUUGGGGAGACUUUCACAGAUUCAGUAGAUGGGGCCCAACGAUGGUUGGGUUUACCUUCCUCGUCGCUCAAUACACAGGAUGAACCCGUGCUGCUUUCCGUCAAAGAUGUGGAAGACGCGCGGCUUCAGGACCAUUUUCAAAAGCAGUUGAAGCGAAAUCAGGAGCUACUACAUCGAGCCACCACACAGAGUGACAUCAUCGGAUACCAGGCCCAGGCGCCGUUCGCACAACCCAUCAUGCAGGCCAAACUGGAUGGACUGCAAUGCUUGGGAGAUGCGAAUGCCUCUUUCUGCGGCGACCAGCGUCGGUGUGUGGGGCAUAGCGAGGUCUACUUGGAACAACUGGCCGUGGGCGGAAACAUCACCGCUUUGACCGCGUUGGACCGGGCACAUUUGGCUUGCGCUUCCACUGAGGGACAAAUUUGGGUCUACAACUGGCGAGAGGAUCGCAUCGUCAGCCAGCUCCGCAGUUCCUCAGUGGUCCUGGCCGAUGAGGACGGCAACCCUGAGGUUUGCCGAGUGAGACGCAUGCAGACCCUGACAGAGGAUGCGCGGGUGCUGGGCAGCACCGACGAGCGCGGCAUGGUUUGUUUGUGGGACUUGUUCGAUAUGUCGAUGAUUGCAGAGUCGCGCUUCCACGAGAAGGCUUGCACCAGCAUCAAGCCAGACUAUUGGAGGCAGAGCUUUGCAACCACCGGAGAGGAUUCCGCGGUGAUACUGUACGACCUGGCACAAGAACAGGUGCGCGAACGCUUCCUGCCCCCACCGCGAACCUGCGGGAACGGGGUGCCCAACACCUGCUUGGGCCUGGGUGGCGAUAGGUUUCCCAACUUGCUCAUCACCGGCGGCGCGGAUGGCAAGCUGCGCAUUUGGGACCAGUCGAUCUCACUGAAGCGGAUGCACACCAUCCAGAUCGGCUCCGUACUGCCCACACAGGCCUUCACCAUUGGCUGGCAAGUCAUCAUCAGCGCGAGCUUCGGUGACUCCUCCUACAGCGGCAUGCGGCCAGAUCGGGGCGGGGUCUAUGUCUACGACCUACGGAUGUUGGCCGAGGGCCACAGUCACAAGACAGGCGCCCUGGUGGUCAAAUAUCCGAGUGGCAUCAGCCAUGCAGAUGAGCUCAACGCGAAGGAGGCAUCGUCCAUGCGGUCCUCGAUGAAAUCCUCCAGAUCCAGAGGCUCCGCCCGCUCGGCGAAGAGCACGUCUGCCUCGCGCAUGGCCACGGAGACAGGCAUCGGAGCAAUGGAUCUGGCCAUCGUGGAAGAAGGCAACUCCAAAAUCGCCGUGUCUUUGAUGGACAAUGUUGUGAAGACCUUUGACCUAGGCACAGGCGAAGAAAUCCCCGUGGAUGAAACACGGAAGUCCAUCAAGAGCCCGCCCAUGUGGGAAUUCGACGCCGUGGAGAAGGUGGAGCGUGACUACGCCUCCACGAGUGUGCUUACGGCCUAUGAUCGAUAUGUUUUUGUUGGUACUACGGCUCCAUCUUUGCAGAUUUGGCGUCGUCCGCUGGCGAGCCGCCAUGGACACAACGACUUCGUGCCGCCGCCCUUGCCGCCGCUGGAGCUGCGGCAGCGUUGCUUGCCCUUGGCCUUGAAUGCGCAUGAUGUUCCACCAGAGGCCUGCCUGGCGGAUCCCAUCUUGCGCCCUGGAAUGUCUUUGCAAUCGGCUCGUCAAGCUUUGGAAGCAGACAGGAACCGCUGGGCGCUGCGUGCGCCACACGAAGUCCUCAAGGCGUGA